GUAAGGGUAUGAGAUAAGUGUUCGACAUAUGUUAUUGGAACUAGGGCAAUUUCUUUUAGAAUUGUUUAUGGAGCUUAGUAAAUUGAAUGUUGAUUCCAUUUAAUUGUUCAUGUUGAUUAGAGGCAUUGGCUGACUUUCUUCCAUCUGAUUUGCAGUGUCAAUCACAGUUGAAAACACUUUAUGCGGAGUCAAUUAAGGGGUGCCACAUGGAAUUUUCUGCUUACAAUAUACUCUGUGUUAUCUUGCAUGCCAACAAUAGCAGAGAUCUGGUAUCAGCAAUGUCAAGCUCAUCAGUUGAAACCAAAAAAGAUGAGGCUGUAAAACAUGCUCUUGCAAUUCAUACCGCUGUCACUUCAGGAAAUUAUGUUCGGUUCUUUAGACUAUACAAGACUGCACCUAAUCUUAACGCCUGUCUUAUGGAUCUUUAUGUUGAGAAGAUGCGGUACACUACUGUGAGAUGCGUGUCUCGUUCAAGUCGCCCUACAGUCCCUGUUUCAUAUAUUGCUCAGGUUCUGGGUUUCACCAAUGCUUCGCCUAUAGAAAUAACUGAGGAAAAGGAUUCAGAUGAUUGGAAGAGUAUGUGGAAUGGCUGAAGGCCCACGAUGCAUGCCUUGUUAUAGAAAAUACUGGAGAGAUGCAGCUUGACACAAAGGCUUCCUCAUCAACACUCUACAUGCCAGAACCCGAUGAUGCUGUAGCCCAUGGAGAUGCCAGUCUCGCCGUCAAUGAUUUCUUGACAAGGAAUUCCUCGUAGCAUAGUUCGUUGUAUCCAACUGUAUGAAGAGAAUUGGUAAGUAAACAAUCUAAUGUAUGCGGAAAAAAGGAAUUACCAUUUCCGGGAUUAACUUGGAAUUUGGAAAAGAUUGAUCCUGCAGGGAUUCCUGCUAGUAUUAUUAUAGAGGGUGUUGAUGAUCACUAAUUAGAAAUGUGUGAUGCCUAGGUUUGAACUUUUGGGCCCCUCUGAAAAAUGCUUUUUAGGUCAGCGACAAGGGUCUGUAAGGUAGUGUAAAAUUGUUUACUUUGUUUUAGAGAUACAUUAUUCAUUCUUGUUGAAGGCCCAUUUGUGGUAAAUAUUACAGGGAAAAUAUGGAAUAAGGAAAUGACCUUUUGUAUUCUGAUUGA